UUGCAACUCGCUUUGUGUAGUUAAGCAGUAAAACAUUGCAUAAAAACAAAACCACAAACAUAUCCGUCUUCUAAAAAGACAAAAUCCAGCUAAUUCGAGUGUGCCGUAGUGUGUUGCAUCGUUAUUUUCCCCUGCGUUUCCUUUGCCCAAGCUCGCCGACCAGUGUGCCGUGUGGGUUACGGUCGGUCGGCAACCGCUCGGGAAACAGUGGCCGACGGGACACGAACGACGAUACCACAGCAGCCUUCCUGCAAGCUGGACGUUACUGGCUCGUUACUGACCUGGCACUCGCUCAGUCGGCCGAAGGAACUCGUUGCAGGCGUUUGUAGUAUGCGCAACAAACGGUAGGCAACGCGUGUCCUACCACCGCCGGAGGGAAAGAACGUGUACGUGUGCGCCUGUGCGUGUGUAUCUAACCAGAACAGAAAAGUCGAAAACCACCCGUUCCUCGACAAGCUACGGCAACGGCGAGAAGAAAGUGGUGAGUGGUGCAACUUUCAACAAAAACAAACAACGGCAAACCAGUUAGACAUUUUGUCUGUGCGUGAAGCUCCGAAAAUUAAAAUCUCGAAAAUCCUCGAACUCCGAACGGGGGUGGGGAACGCACUGCAAGUGAAGCUCCGCCAGAAAGAAAACACCGUGUCGACCGUGAGCGUGUGUGUAUGUGUGAGUGUGUGUGUGUGCGUGCCGGGGAAAUUUUGAAAAAGCCGCAACCGCAGCAGUGUGUGCAGAAGUUUUCCCGUGCAGUGGAAGUGAAAUUUCCGAAAACCUCCUUAGCGGUGUGACCGUAGUGUGCUUUCCUUUGUCACUGCAAUAGUGUGUGUGUGUGGCUGUGUGUAUGUGGCUGUAUGCAUACGUGUCAGUGUCCGUGUGCUUGGUGCAUUUGUGAGCGUGUGUAUGUGUGAGGCAAAAAACAGCAGCCGAAUUGUUGUUGUUUUUUCUUCUUUGUUUAAUGCAUGACCAACAGUUUAUGUGUCCGUGUGCGCGUCUCCCUUUUCGCGUGGAAGCAAUUGUUGUGUAAGGCUUCGGCGUCGUUUGGUGAAUUUUUGGUCGACGGUUAAGCAUCGGAAGCCGAAAAAGUUCGCAACAGCGGACGGUCGUGUGAGACAUCUUAGCUUGUUGUGCGCUGCGGGCCUAAGGGCAAAACGUGUCGGAAUUUUGUCUGGGAAUGGCCGGCUGAGUGGUGUUUGGUGAGUGCUGUUUUUUCACGCUCAUUUGGUAAACGUUUGUGCGCGUGUUUUUCUUUUACCACCCCGCCCCCCCCCCCUUUGCCACCAACGAUCACAAACGAAAGAAGCGUUAAAAUUUCUCGCCAACCUCCUGACGAUCGUGGCAAGCGAGAGCGAGAGAGAGAGAGAGAGAGAGAGCGAAGCAUUCUAAGUAAACCGCACUUAGAACGAAGCAGUCGAGAACGUCCUGGUGGAAAUCGAUUCGCCACGAAAGUGAGUCUGUGUGUGUGCGUGAACGAGAAAGCACGAGCAAGUUUUGAAAGUUUUCCCAACGCCACACUGUGUGGUCCCACGUGUGAGUGUGAACGAAAGUGUGAGCGUGAAGGCAAUAUAACAGCAGUCGAGAGAAAAAGAAAGCAACUGCCACCCCAACACUAGCGCUGCAGUUUAUUCCUUUUGGUGUGUGCAAUCGUCGAAGUGUGCAGCUUGAUGAAAGAAUAGUUUUGUUUGGUUUUCUUUUUGUUUUUAUCUCUUUCCGGCAAAGGCAAAGUGUCCUUGUUGCUGCUGCUGGUUUGGAAGUGUGUUUUUGGUGUGGUAUUAGUGUGGCGAUUGUGGACCCGGCAGAAGGGCAGGAUUCACUUCUGGGUUAUCCUGUAUUUGUGGGUGUGUAUGUGCUUUAAUCCAGUGUGACCAAGUGUGAUUGAGGGGACGUGUGCGGUUUAGUGAAAGGAAGCAGGAUCGGCUGGGCCAGCUAAGGAACUGUGACGCCCGUGUGACACGACCAAAAGGGACCAAAGUUCGGGUGCCCGUUCGUAUGCAGAACACGUUUCAUUAACCGUAUAAAUAAGAUGUCAUAAUAUGGGUUACUCGUGCGAAAGUGCGCAUCUACAGUAUCGACCAGUACGAUCGGACCGCAACCAGCGAAGUUGGUCAACCGAGCCACUGCAGCUGCUGGACAGCCAUCAACCGCAGGCCACAACCGCAACCGACCGCAGCUGUACCAGCGACAGCACCACCACUACCAUCACGAACCACUCACCAGCACCAAAUCAACCGCCCUGGGCGACAACAACGGACAGUAGCUCCACCAGCCCGACCCGGUGGAACCUGCGCACGGAACCAACGCCGGAAGGGACCGUGGCGGCCCCGGUUACGAAACGGCGUACCUCCCCCACCGAGCCCAUCGCCGUCACCAGCUCCCGGUGGCAUUCGUCCUUCAACCUGCUGCGUGUGCCAACGGCCGUGUUCGACGGUUACUCGACGAUCGUGCUCGAAAAGCUGUCCCGCUUCAUCAGCCGCCAUGUAGUCGCUCCCCAACAUGCCACCCCGCC